AUCAUUAACAGGAGUUUUAACAGCCGCAAGCUUUUUUACUGAAGCUCCGAUAAGCCACUACAGCAGUUAGUGGCAAAUGAAGACAAGCUAUGCAGCAGGGAUCCCAGACAGUGAAUGGAUUUUCAUCAGCCUUCAAAAGGAAAUGUGAUUUUUAGCAUAUGGUUUGAAAAGACACAAUGCCUGCACGACAACUGAAAGGAUCUAUAGCUUUAUGGACACUAGUUUUGAUAAAGACAGUUGCUGCGUUUGACAGGAACGGAAAGUCUGUGUGGGAAAGAGACCCUGGCUUAAGUCCGGUGAAUGAAACUCAGAUGUUCGUACAUGACACAUUCCCCCAAACAUUCCUCUGGGGUGUGGGGACUGGUGCAUUUCAGGUGGAGGGCAGCCAGAGGAAAGAUGGAAAGGGACUUUCAAUAUGGGACUAUUUUGUCCAUUCCGCACCUUCUUCCAGAACAGAGGAGUCCAGUGACAGCUACACUUUCCUGGAAAAAGAUCUGUCAGCCUUGGAUUUUUUGGGAGUUUCUUCCUAUCAUUUUUCCAUUUCAUGGCCAAGGCUCUUCCCCACUGGACUGGCCACAACUGUCAACGAAAAAGGACUCAACUACUACAAUAGUCUCCUAGAUGCUCUGGUUGACAGACACAUCGAGCCUAUAGUCACCCUUUUUCACUGGGAUUUGCCUUGGGCACUGCAAAAAAAAUAUGGGGGGUGGAAAAAUGAAUCUCUGGUGGAUAUUUUCACUGACUAUGCCACUUUUUGCUUCCAAGCAUUUGGAGAUCGAGUUAAAUACUGGAUUACAAUCCACAACCCUUACCUAGUUGCUUGGCAUGGGUAUGGCACAGGGAUUCACGCACCUGGAGAGAGGGAGGAAAAAGCUGUCUACAGGGUAGGACACAACUUGAUCAAGGCGCAUGCAAAAGUCUGGCACACUUACAACAACGAUUUUCGACCACAACAGAAAGGAUUUUUAUCAAUAACAUUGGGAUCCCACUGGAUUGAACCUAACAAAUUCAAGGACAGUUCUGACAUUACAAAAUGCCAGCUGUCCAUGCAAAAAGUGCUAGGGUGGUUUGCCAGACCAAUACAUGGGGAUGGAGAUUAUCCAGAAGAGCUGAAGAAUGAACUCGCCUCUGUCUUAUCAAAUUUUACCCACACAGAGAAAAACCAAAUUAAAGGGACUGCUGACUUUUUUGCAUUUUCCUUUGGCCCAAAUAAUUUUAGACCACCAAGUAAACUUCCCAGAAUGGGGCAAACUUUCUCACUCAACCUGAGGCAAGUUCUGAACUGGAUUAAAUUGGAAUAUAACAAUCCUAGAAUCCUGAUUGCAGAAAAUGGAUGGUUCAGUGAUGGCCAUGUAAGAACAGAAGAUACCACCAUCAUCUACCUAAUGAAGAAUUUUAUCAAUGAGGUCUUACAAGCUAUAAAAUAUGAUCAAAUUGACGUAUUUGGUUACACAGCGUGGUCCCUCCUUGAUGGAUAUGAAUGGCAAAAAGGCAUAAGCAACAGACGGGGAUUAUUUUAUGUUGAUUUCAAUAGUAAAGAAAAAGAGCGCAUUCCCAAGACAUCUGCACUUUAUUACAAGCAAAUAAUACGGGAGAAUGGCUUUCCUUUGAAGGAAUCUACCUCAGCUUUGCACAGUCAGUUUCCCUGUGACUUCUCCUGGGGUGUGACAGAAUCAGUUAUUAAGGCAGAAUCCGUUGCUUCCUCUCCCCAGUUCUGCGAUCCCAACUUGUAUCUCUGGAAUGUUACUGGAGAUGGACUUUUCUACCAAGUGAAAGGAGUGAAACUGAAAACCCGGCCAGCUCAAUGUACCGAUUUUAUCAGCAUUAAAGCACAACUAGAGCUGUUGUCUAAAAUGAAACUCACCCACUACAGAUUUGCACUUGAUUGGUCACUGCUUCUGCCCAGUGGCAAUUUGUCAUCCAUAAACCAUCAAGUCCUCCGCUAUUAUCGUUGCGUCAUUACUGAGAUGCUCAAACUCAAUGUGAAGCCUAUGGUCACCCUACAUUAUCCAACGUACCGGUCUUUGGGCUUGCCUACUCCUUUACUUCAAAAUGGUGGAUGGUUAAACCAGUCCACUGUUCAGGCUUUCAGAGACUACGCAAGAAUGUGUUUCCAGGAGCUUGGAGACUUAGUUAAACUUUGGAUCACAAUAAACGAACCCAACCGUUUCAACGAUAUUUACAACAGCAGCAGUAAUGACACUUACCGGGCAGUGCACAAUGUACUGAUAGCACACUCCUUGGCUUGGCACCUGUAUGAUAAACAAUAUCGACCAUUUCAGCAUGGCCAGGUAUCUUUGUCUUUGCAUUCUGACUGGGCAGAACCAGCCAAUCCCUUUCUUGACACCCACAGAAAAGCUGCUGAAAGGUUCCUUCAGUUUGAAAUAGCCUGGCUUUCAGACCCAAUUUAUAAAACAGGGGACUAUCCAGAAGCUAUGAGAGGAUAUCUUGACUAUAAGAAGAGUGAAGGCCUCUCCAGUUCCUCUUUGCCAUAUUUCACCAGUGAAGAGAAGAAACUGGUAAAGGGGGCUGCUGAUUUUUUUGCUCUGAACCACUUCACCACAAGAUUUGUGAUCCACGAGUCUAAAAAUGGAAGUCGGUAUGAAUUUGACCAAGACAUUCAAUUUCUGCAAGAUUUCACUUAUUUAAUUUCUUUGUUUCGCUCAGCAGUGGUCCCUUCAGGGUUACGCAAAGUCCUAAAUUGGGUUAAAAAGCAUUACGGUGACAUUGAUAUCUACAUCACAGCAAGUGGAAUAGAUGAUCAGUCUUUAAAUGACAGCCUUCGUAAAUUUUACAUUGAAAAGUAUGUACGGGAAACCUUAAAAGCUUACCAUCUUGACAAAGUCAAUGUAAGAGGCUAUUUUGCAUUUAAACUGACUGAUGAACUAACCAGACCCAAACUUGGAUUCUUCACCUCCGAAUCAAAAGCCAAAGCUUCUGUCCAGUUCUACAACCGUCUGAUUAGCAACAAUGGCUUUCCCUUGAACCCUACAAACAUGUGUGGUCAACCAAACGAAAAAGCACCCUGUACUCUCUGCCUGUUUCUAAUGCAGAAAAAGCCACUGAUAUUCUUUGGAAGCUGUCUUUUCUGUACUCUCAUCUUGCUUUUAAGUAUUGUUGUGUUUCACAAAAGGAAAAGAAGGAAAUUGUAUUGGUCAAAAAACUUCCAGCCUCUCUGUAUUCCUGUUAAAAACAGACCGAAGAAUGUGCUCAACCAGAUAUAGAUCCCUCUAUAUCUGAAAAUGUAUUGGAAGCACUCCAAGUCACUCUAGUUAAUAUAUACCAAGGUACAUGUAAAAGAAAACUCACAGCAUGGUAGGAUCAUAAUGCCAAAAGUGUAUGAUCACAAUACCCAAGAUUCAGAAUUGGAACCAGUUCAUGUCUGUUGUUGUUGUGCACCUUCAAAUUAUUUUUGGCAUAAGGUUAUCACAGGGGUUUUUUUUGGCAAGAUUGGUUCAGAGGCAGUUUGCCUUUGCCUUCCUCUGAGGCUGAGAGGGUGUGACUUGCUGAUGGUCUCUAAGUGGGUUUCCAUGGUUAAGCGGGAAUUUGAACCCCGGUCUCCAGAAUCAUAGUCUAAUACUCGUACCAAACCACAGCACUGUCUACACAGUAAAAAUCCCAGAAUACUAAGUCAUACAGUGCGCAGACUUGCCAUUCACGGCUUUAAGCUUACACAGAUGGCAAGCCCUGGAUGUUAAAAUGGCAUGCACACCUGUGGCGUGUGCUGCAUGCAAGAGCACACAGCCAUUGAAACAAACAGGACUAGAGGUCCUGCGUUUUUCCCUUACACGAGGGGGGGAGGGGGUCCAGAACGUUUCCCUCGCAUAUACUAAGGGCGCACUGUAUAUCCUUUCUCACCAAAUUCUUACAACUUUGAGUUGUUUGCCUAUUUGUACUGUCAUUAUAGUAUGACUUUAAAUGUGCAAGGAAAAUGUUUCUCAAAUCCAGAAUAUUUUUGCUAUUUCCAUUUUUCAGAUUAACCUUUCGAUUACAUAGAUUUUUGUUGAUCUUAUUAGAACUACUUUAUCUCAAGAUGAGAGCAAGCCCUUACAACAGAGCAGGAUUAGAAAAUAACUUUUUGGAAAUCCGUCCCCCAGAAUUCCUCAGCCAGCAUGGCCAGUACUCAUGUUGGAUGGGGAUUCAAGGAGAUGGAAGUCCAAAAAGUAACAUUUCUAAUCUCUAGGACAGCGGUUUUCCAAGGGGAAAUAAAUGACAUAAAGUUUAAUUUAAAAUAUUUUCAUUAUAGAAACACUUGCCUUGGGCAUCCUGGUAUAAUAAUUUAACUAGUUGGACAUGAAACAGACAAGAUUUAAGCGUUUGUGCACUUUAACAGAAGUGUCUUCAAAUAUUUGUUUUUGUGUGCCUUCAAAUCAUUUCCAACUUAUAGGGUUGUCUGUCACUGAGAGUGUGUGACUCACCCAAUGUCACCCAGUGGGUUUCCAUGACCAAGGAAGGAAUUGAACUCUGAUCUCUAGAGUUAUAGUCCAGUGCCCAAACCACUACACCACACUGGCUCUUGCCUUCAGAUACAUGACAUUCUUAAGCUAUGCCAUCCAUAUGAUCUCCAGGUGUAACAUUUAGCCCAUCAUUUUUCUUUACUUUU